CGAAAUGGUUAAACAGAGUAGUUUUCUUAUUGAAGCGAAAACGAAAGAUACAGAAAUUUCACAAAAUCCAAAAGAAAAUAAUUGCAUUGUUAGCUGUGCUUUUUUGAAAUGGGAUUUGAGGAAAAAUCUAUAAAGCUGCAAGUUGAAGAGGAGAAAGCUUGCGAAACGAAAACAAUUUGUCUGCAUGCUUAUACAGAUCUAACCUAUGUUGCUCCAGUAGUGUUCUUAUACCUUCUUAAAGAAUGUUAUGUUCAUGGAAACGUGAAGGCAACUAAAAAGUUCCGAGCUCUUCAACAACAAGUCCGCCAAGUUCUAAGUAAUUCUCCCCAACCAGGACCUGCAGCUUUUGUUGCUCAUUGUCUCUAUAUCCUGCCUAUAUUUGGAUCAUAUUGUGAAGGCAUCAGUCAUUUGAUCAUAUCUUCUUUUCAUCGUUUUCUAAAGACAGAAGCCACCACUGGGGACUCUUCAGAAGCAAAAUGUAUAGCCGUGCAGUUAUUUCUCGAUAUUGUUGAGGGUUCUAUUGACCAUGAUGAGAGGAUUGCUGUGAAGAUACUUGAAGUGUUUGAUGUCAGGUUAACAGAUAUCGAGAAAGUUGUAUCCCAAUCAAAGGCCAAGAAUGACCAUAGGUUUGACAGUGUAAAGACAUUUGUUGAGCAGUAUAUAUUUGGAUUGAUCGAAUCACAGUCAUAUAUGACAGCGGUGAAUAUGUUGGAACAUUUCUCUAUCCGUCAAUCCGGGCAAUCUUUUCUUCUCAAAAUGAUAGAAAACAAACAAUUCAAAGCAGCUGAGAAGUGGGCAACAUUUAUGGGAAAGCCAAUGCUAUCCUUACUCAUCCGGGAGUAUGUUGAGAGGAACAAGCUAAAGUUUGCUUAUUUGAUUGUGAAGAAGAACGAUCUCCAGCAAGAAUUUCCAGAUGUGGAUCACAAAUACAAAAAAAGCACAGUAAAACAAUUAGCAGAAAAGGCAUGCUGGGAUGUUGCAGAGGCGAAGGCAAAUGGUGAUAGGCAAUUAAUUGAGUAUCUAGUUUAUAUGGCCAUGGAGGCUGGUUACUUGGAGAAGGUUGAUGAACUGUGUAAUCGUUACUCCCUUGAAGUGCUUCCAAAAGUGCAAGAACAUGAAGCAGGUUUUCAGCAUCAGCGUUUUUUAAAUCUCAAUGAAUUGGUAGUAGAUGGCAUAAUCUGGGUGGAUGAAUUUAAUGGGCUUGGCGAGGCAACAUGUCACAUAGAGGGAUCCAAAGUUGUGGGACUUGACUGUGAAUGGAAACCCAAUUAUGUAAAAGGGAGUAAACCAAACAAGGUUUCUAUCAUGCAAAUAGCUUCUGAUAAGAAGGUUUUUAUCUUUGACCUGAUAAAAUUAUAUGAGGAUGUGCCUGAUGUUCUGGACAACUGCCUAACUCGCAUCUUGCAGUCUCCAAGAAUUUUAAAACUCGGUUAUAGUUUUCAAUGUGAUAUAAAACAACUAGCUCAAUCAUAUGGAGAUUUGAAGUGUUUCAAGAGCUAUAAUAUGCUAUUGGACAUUCAGAAAUUGUUCAAAGAUCCCAGAGGUGGCCUAUCUGGUCUUGCAGAGAAAAUAUUGGGAGCCGGCUUAAAUAAAACGAGACGGAAUAGCAACUGGGAACAAAGACCAUUGACCCAGAAUCAGCUCGAGUAUGCUUCUCUUGAUGCUGCUGUUCUUGUCGAAUUAUUCUACCGUGUUCGAGAUCAUUCUCAUAAUGCUAAUUCAUUAGACAGGAAUGAAAAAAUCGAGUGGAAAUCUCACAUUGUUUCUCACAUGGAUAAUCCAAAAAAGUCCAGGAAGGAAUCUAGACUUGGAAAGGAGCUGGAAAUCGAGGACGAGUCAAGCUUGUAAAUGUGGUUCAAACUCAGGACUAAGACAUGGAUGUUUAUGUACAUCGCAACUGUACCAGGAUUUCUUAUGAUAACUCGAAAUUGCAUCUCUUGUCCAAUAGCACCUCGUAAAAGUAAUGAAGGAUGUGAAAAAAAAAUGAGAUGAACUAAAACUAAAACUACCGUA